UCCUAUCACUUCAACUCUCUCUCGAACAUCAUGGAGAAGCCCCCACCCCAUCGCGGGCCUUGCCCCGGCGGCCAUGCGCAGGAGGCAAGGGCUCGGCCGGCGGGGAGCUUCAGCGGCGGCAGGCGGGUACAGCUGUGCGCAACCCCGCUGUGAGCUUGCCCGGGUCACCGGUGAGUGCGUGGCAGCACUGAGCGCGCUGAAGCUGGCCAUGGGGCUGGCCCACUGUGGCUCCAUGCUGCGCGUGCUGGUGGAGUUCCCCGUGGAGUUCCUCGGUGUGCUGCUGCUGUUCGCCGACGUCGAGCUCGCCGUUGCAACCAGGGAAUUUUCAGCGAGAGUCCCGAGGUCGAACAAGCUCGAACCAGGAAGGGCGCGCUUGCAGCUUGAACAAGCAAGCAGCGCACGUGCAGCUUGAACAAGCAAGCAGCGCACGUGCAGCUCGAACAAGGAAGGUGGAGCAAGCAGCACGAGGCACGGCGCUGCGGCCAUGGUGGCUCGAGCUCGGCGGCGGCCUAGAUGAGCGGCGGCGGCCCUCCGAGCGGCGGCGGCCAGGACGAGCUGCGGAGGCCUAGCACGGCGGGGCUGGUCCGGACGGCGGGCGCGGCCAUUUUUCCUUGGUUUUUAAAUCGAUUACUAGGGGCGGGUGAUGGGAUGACCCGCUCCUGGAAAACAAUUUUCAGGGGUGGGUGACGGGGUGAUCCGCCCCUAGAAAUUGAUUUUAGAGGUGGAUGAUGGGGUGACCCCUCUCCUAGAAAUGAGUUCUUAGGGGCGGGUGCGUUACCGCCUCUGCAAAUACCAUUUUUAGUUGUGAAAAGCAGCAACGGGUCUGAGAUCCGCCCCUAAAUAUAGCAUUUUGACCGCCCCUACAAAUACUUUUUGUAGUAGUAGGUCAAUAGGUCUCAUGAGUAGUUUGUACUAUGAUGUAGCUCAUUCAGUAUUUUAGACCUUUUCAUUAAUCAUGUUAUGUAAUGAACAAUUUAGACUUUUAAUUAAUCAUAGCGUCAAUUUUAGAGUGAUUUUUUCCUA